AUGAGGAACUACUCCAUCUCCAAGGCCUGGUCACGUAUCUCGGCCAAUACUCAAAAUAGCGAAUUCAUCAUCUCUAAAAGACGCUCCAAGAAUGCGAUGGAUGCAUCCAUCUUCGUCCUCCCAAACGAGGACCUGAUUCACAUCUUCCGCUAUGUCGUCGCCAGCGACAGUCGCAGACGCUUGCCAACGAGUCACCGACGUGCAAACGAAAUUUUAGCACAUGUUUGCACUCGAUUUCGAGCUAUCAUUCUCUCCACUUCCGACCUUUGGUCCACAAUCGACGUGCCCCUCUAUUGGGCCCCAGACAUUCUCCAAGACUACCUCGCGACGAGUUUCAAGCGCGCAAAGAAUACUCCUUUGCGGGUUGUCGUCUAUGAAGGUAGCCGAGCCGUCCUGCCAAAGGUCGACAUCGCGAACCUGUUCUGUCGCGAACUCCAACGCGGAACCGAGGCCACCACGAACGUUUCCAUCAAGAGCGUGGCAUUUUAUCUUGUACAUCAAGAAAUGAGCCACAUACCGACACACUUUAUCAAUAUCCUCCCUUCUUCCCCCCAUGCGCUCUUGAUUCACCGUGUCACAAUCGACCAGUCGAUAGGAAAGUUUAAACUCGAGCUGCCUUCCACACUUCGAUAUGUUCCUCUUGGAGGCUGUCCGAGAGUAGCAACGAUCGAGUCAAUAGAGUUGGUUGACGUGACGCUCCGAGACGUUCCGGAGGGUCUGAUGGCGUGGCGGAGCGUGCAGUUCCGCAGUCACCCAAUCUCGUCUAGUCGUCCCGGCUCUCCAACUGCUCCUACUCCAUCUGCACCUAUCCGCAUCCCAGCCGACCUCGUCUUUGAACGGUGUCCAAACCUCAAAACACUCAUCGUCGACGGUUCCUUCUCCGGCUCGCCCAAUGGAGCCACCGUGCCGACACCUCCUCUCCCACCGCUCAGAGAAUUCUACAUUCGUGACCUCGCGCAACUUCGAUCCUUCGGUUACGACGGUCACUUUCCCAUGCUCCACAAGUUUGGGACGGCAACGUCGGAUGAGAGAUUAGUCUGUCGGUUCCUCAGGAGGCAUCCAACAAUUGUGGACCUCACGUUGGAGGGCAUCUACAUCUCCGAGUCAAUUGCCCUCUCGUGUCCACAGAUUAGGCGGCUUAGCAUCCCCGCACGAUUGGACAUCCUCGUUCGUUCUGCUCGGCGGAAUUCGGCGAGCGAGGACAGCGAAGGCCAGGACGAACCUUACGACUGUUACCUUCGCGAUGGGACCACGAACCAUGUCAAUAGUAUGCAGGCAAUUGGCUACAAUCCACUACUCUUCACGCGCAAGGAAAGGGCAACGUAUAACCCGCUGUUCAUACCUGACAACCGCGGCCUGCUACUCACGUCCUUGGAGCAUCUGCAAAUCGAUUGUGCAGAAUUUCCGCUCUCUAUGGAGCAGUUCUCCGAGCUGAUAGAGACGCGGGUCCUUCGUGCCGCGGAGCAUGGAUACCCGAGGAGCUUAUCGCAGAUCUCGUUGGAAACUCUCCACGUCGGCGCACAUAGCUUCAACUCUAUCAACUUAUCCCUUGGAUUACCACCUCUGAAGGAGCUGUACGUACAUGAUCUACACUAUUUUGUGGGCCUCGCACCCCAAAGCCGCCACAGUGCAUUCCCAAAUCUGGUCAAAUUUGGUGUAUGCAUCUUUACGGAUGUAGAGCUGGGUAUUUUCCUGGAAUCACAUCCUACCAUUGUGGACCUCACUCUCGAUUCCGAGUUUGACGCAGACGUAAUUGCAAAAUCAUGCCCACAAGUGACAACCAUUCGCAUACCAAUGUCAAACUGGCUCGAUAUUGCAGAGCCAGUGCCACGUCUGUUUGGCGAAGAGUGGGUGUUGAUGACAGAUUCAAGAGGAACAAGGGCACAGUUCAGGUUCAGCGCCGUCGAGCAACUGUGCCUUCACGAUAGCAGCGGAUAUAUGACUCCAGAGAGCUUUGAUAGGCUCGUGAAGCGACGCGUGAUUGACGCCCAUCGAGACUCGAGUCUCAUUAGGAUUCAGACAGUUUCUAUUCGCGGGCUCCAAGAGCUCGGAAGCGAUGGUGUACUGUCGCCGGAGUGGCAGAAAAGUCGAUAUGCACAAUCUGCACACGUUCAGUGGGACGAGGACGAAUGCUUCUUUACAUGGCCUCAGAUAGAGGCAGACUAG